UGCACCAUCAUGACAGAUGGUUGGACUGAUAGGAGGAAUAGAACACUCCUAAAUUUUCUUGUUUCCAGCGGAGGAUCCACCAUGUUUUUGAAGUCCAUCGAUGCUUCCUCACAUGUCAAAAAUGCGGCAUACUUAUGUGAGGCUAUUGAGGAAGUUAUAGAUGAGGUGGGGGAAGAAAAUGUGGUGCAAGUGGUGACGGAUAAUGCAGCAAGUUAUGUUGCUGCAGGAAAACUUUUGAUGGAGAGGCAACCAAAAAUCUUUUGGUCUCCAUGUGCGGCCCAUUGCCUUGACCUUAUGCUGGAGGAUAUAGGUAAGCUUGGAUGGGUGAAAGAAUGCGUUGAAAGGGCCAAGAAUAUAUGCAAAUUUAUUUACAAUCAUGCAUUGGUCCUUAGCAUUAUGAGGCAAUACACAGGGGAAAGGGAGUUGGCUCGUCCUGGUAUAACGAGAUUUGCCUCAAAUUUCCUCACAUUGAAAUCCUUGUUAAAAUCAAAGGCAUCUUUGAGGCGCAUGUUUGUUGGUGAGGAGUGGACUUCCUCAUCCUAUGCUACGACCACUGCAGGGAUGGAUGUAGUAGAUUGCAUUUUUGAUGAGCCAGGUUUUUGGAUCCCUUGUGCAGAGAUCGUGCAGGUCACUGAGCCCCUAGUAGUUCUCCUAUGAGUUGUUGAUGGGGAGAAGCCCGCUGUGGGCUACAUAUAUGAGGGCAUGGAUAGGGCCAAGGAGGCCAUUAGAUCCAUAUAUGCUGGAGUUGAGGAUAAGUAUAGGCCCAUUUGGGACAUAAUUGAUAGAAGAUGGCAUAACCAACUUCAUAGGCCCAUCCAUGCAGCAGUUUAUUACCUCAAUCCAUCAUUUCGUUUCCGUGCUGAUUUCAAAGCGGAUGAGGAGGUUCUUAGCGAGCUAUAUUCAGUAGUACAACGGAUGGUCACUGAUACCAUAGCUACACUUCUUGAGAUGGAUGCAUUUAAUAAUGCAUCAGGGGCAAUCUUUGCCAGCCAAUUGUGCAAAGAGGGUCGGACAAAAUUGCAGCCAGGUAGAAAAUUCUAAAGUUUAUGACAUGCAUUUUAAUUUUUCAUUUUAUAAUCUACCUUUAAAGUUGGAAAUGAGACUAAUGUUUUUUUCUUUUCCUUAUCUCAGAUAGAUGGUGGCAAAUGUUUGGGCCUUCAACCCCAAACCUUCAAAAAAUUGCCAUCCGCAUAUUGAGCCAGCCAUGCAGCGCUUCUGGAUGUGAGCGCAACUGGAGCAUGUUCGAGCACAUCCACUCGAAGAGGCGAAAUAGAUUGUCUGUGGAGAGGUUGAAUGAUCUAGUCUUUGUUCAUUACAACCUCCGUCUCAGGACCAGACAGAUUUUGGACGAUGACUCCUCUCCGAUCACUCUAGAGGAAGUCGACCCCGAGUCCGAUUGGCUCACUGAGUCCACCGAUCCAGUCUUCACUGAUGAGGACCUUGAGUGGGUUGACCAAGCAGACAGAGAGGCUGAGGCUGUGGCUAUGGCAGAGGAGGAGGAUAGAGCACGAUCAGGCACAGCACCUAUGGCUACUCAGACUGGCACAUCACAGGAAGAGACUAUGGCUACUCAGUCAUCCAGGACCUACCUUAGACACCUUUGUAGGAGGCAGAUAGACGAGGCUGAGCCUGAGCCUGAGCCAUAGACUUGUUUUUUUUUACACUUUACAGUUAGAUAUAUGUUUGGGAACAUUUGAAGUCAUGGAUUUUAUAUUAUACAUUGGACAACAUUUAUAACUCUAUAUAUCUAUGUUUUCUAAUUC